UUGCUGUGAAGCCAACUUCACUGUCAAUGCAAAACAGAAAUGCACAUUUUGUAACGUCACUGAAUUUGUACGCUUAUUAGAAAAAAGACUAGAAAAAGACCAGAAAAAAAACUAGAAAAACUUAGAGAGAAUUAGGGAACAUUAGAAAAUAUUAAACGAAAAUUAGACGAAAUAGUUUGAAGCAUUUUCACCAUGGCCGAUAAUCGAAAACGAGACGCAUUUACCGUACGUCAAACAAACAUUCAAUAUUUCGAUUUAAAUCAUCGAAAAUCAACGAAACUAACUGACAUGAACUGUGAUUGUAUCGGGCAAAUAUUACAAAAAUUGAAUGUAGAGGAUUUGAUAAGUGCGGCCGAAACAAAUCAGAAGCUUAAAUUCGUAACCGAUAUGGCGUUCUAUGCUAAAUACAGAAACAAUAAAUUCAUGCUUAACGCACCACCGCUCGAUAGAUUAGUUGAAUUUACGAAUUCGUUUGCCGAACAUCAAAAAAUCAUUAUAAAAAGUACAGAACUUACAACCAAACUGAUAAGGAUUUUUGGGCACCACAUUUCUAUGGUAGAAGUAUGGGGAAGGGGACUUAAAAUAGAUACAGAUUUUAACGAAAUAGAACAAUACAUUCAAAAAUAUUGUUUAGAAUCACUUACCUCAUUUGUAGCAAUUAAUUAUCCUGACAACGUUCUGUGCAAUUUGAAAGGCACAUUUAAAAACGUUGAAAAUAUUUGUUUUGGAGGUGCAAGAUUUAAUACGAAAUUAACAGAACGAAUAAGACAAGUUUUUCCAAAUGUACGGGUAAUGCAAUUUCAAAGUGUAAAAAUUGAGCCAUCAGUAUUCAAAAUAAACAAUUUCCCAAAUAUGGAGCACCUGCGAAUGGAUAUUAGCGACGGAGACCGUUUAACGACCAGAAGUAUUCGAUCAGCCAUCGUUUCAAAUCCAAAUCUUCAGAAAAUAGAUCUAUAUGAACAUUUUGAAGCAGAAACGUAUGAGUUUAUUGCCAGGGAACUGCCGAAUCUUCGAGCGCUCACCAUAUAUUAUUCAACGUGGCAUUUUGAGCAUUUCAAAGGAACGCCAAUUCGUUAUAAAUGCGUCGAAGAUCUUUCUUUUUUUUGGAAUAAUGAUGAUGAUGUCGAUUUUGUGGAACCCAAACCUGGCGCUGUAUUUUCGUUUGAUCGUCUCAAAGAAGUAUACAUUGCGUGUUGGGCCGGACAUGUGAACAGUUUAGUUCAAUUUGCAAAUGCAAAUCCGACAAUUGAAAAGAUAACCCUAAAUGUAAAUAUUGUCGAUGGUCUUUUACCUUCCAUUGGAAAAGAAUUGGCAAGAUAUUCUGCCUUGAGACAAAAUCGUGUUGAGAUUCUAUUAAAUGUGGAAUCAAAUGAUAUGACUGUAGCUGAAACUUUAAAUUUUCUGAAAGCUAAUCAAUAUUUAGCCAAAUUCAGUAUGAACUGUAACAGUCUAGAAGAAAUGGAAACGCUGCGCACAAGCAUAACACCACCUUGGAAAACAACUGAGUUCUUAACCUUUGCAAAAAUGAUUAUAUUUGAGAAAAGUUUGGUUUAAAAUGAUCGUAAUUUCGUUUGAUAUAACUCUAAUGAAAAAAUAAAAUAAAUGAU